GAAGGCAGCACCAUAGUGUUUAGUAAGGCAGCGGCGGAGAGUCGCAGCCAGUGUGGCAGCUGGGAAUGUGACGGCUCCGGCACGGACCGCUAUUUUCAGGGACUGGGAACAGUAGCAGCACGGCUGGCCAGGAAGAGGCUCAGCCCAAAGCUCUGCUCUUGCCAGCAGCGCACUGGCUUAAUUUGAAGUCCAAACGGGCGACCUGCGUUGUGUGUGUGCGCGGGGCGUCGGUGCGUUCUCGGACCGCAUCGGAGGGUCAACGGACAGCCGUUGGUGGCUCACUGCGGGGCUGCAUGCUAGAGGGAACCCACCGUGUCCGUCCCCCUCCCUCCACCCCGCGGUCAAGCGUCUCUCUACUCUAGCACCUUCUGCCUGGGGAGUCCGCUUUAAUAUGCAGUGAAGUGUCCCCCCUCCUCGUUCAGUCAGUCUAGUCUCCACAGUACCGCUCGGUUAAAUGUGCCUGUUUCGCCGCGAACAAACCACUCACGCCGACGACGAUGGACUGAAAUCUACGGCGGGCGAGAGCGACGCACAACCUGCCGCGAUUUCUUGCAUGUAAAUAAAUAAAUGAUAGAGGAUACAAUGACCCUGCUGUCUCUGUUAGGUCGGAUCAUGCGUUAUUUUCUGCUCAGACCGGAGACCCUGUUCCUGCUGUGCAUCAGCCUGGCUCUGUGGAGUUACUUCUUCCACACGGACGAAGUGAAGACCAUCGUCAAGUCGAGCCGGGAUGCGGUCAAGAUGGUCAAGGGGAAAGUGGCGGAGAUGAUGCAGAACGAGCGGUUCGGCGGGCUGGACGUCCUGGACGCGGAGUUCUCCAAGACAUGGGAGUUCAAGAGCAACAACGUGGCCGUGUACUCCAUCCAAGGCCGGCGAGACCACAUGGAGGACAGGUUCGAUGUGCUCACGGACAUCGUCAACAAGAGUCACCCGUCCAUAUUUGGGGUGUUUGACGGCCACGGAGGAGAGGCUGCUGCUGACUUUGCCAAGGCCCACCUGCCCGAGGCUCUCCGCCAGCAACUGCUGACAUAUGAACGGGAGAAAGAGCGAGACAGAGAAAAAGACAAGGAGAAAGAAGAAAAAAAGGAGCGGGGCGGCCUGUCCUACCCUUCCAUCCUGGAGCAGCAGAUCCUGACGCUGGACAGAGAAAUGCUGGACAAGCUCUCUGCCACGUACAAUGAAGCAGGCACUACAUGCCUGGUGGCCCUGCUGUCUGAUAAGGAGUUGACAGUGGCCAACGUCGGAGACUCGCGUGGAGUCCUUUGCGAUAAAGAUGGCAAUGCCAUCCCUCUAUCGCACGACCACAAACCUUACCAGCUGAAAGAACGCAAGAGGAUCAAGAAGGCUGGCGGGUUCAUCAGCUUCAAUGGCUCGUGGCGUGUCCAGGGCAUCUUGGCCAUGUCCCGUUCUCUGGGCGAUUACCCCCUGAAGAACCUCAACGUGGUCGUCCCCGAUCCCGACAUCAUGUCGUUUGACCUGGAUAAGCUGCAGCCAGAGUUCAUGAUCCUGGCGUCGGAUGGCCUGUGGGAUACCUUCAGCAACGAGGAGGCGGUUCGCUUCAUCAGAGAGCGACUGGACGAGCCACAUUUCGGCGCCAAGAGCAUCGUCCUCCAGUCCUUCUAUCGCGGUUGCCCCGACAACAUCACCGUCAUGGUGGUCAAGUUUAAAGGCAAGGCCAGCGAGCAGUAGACGGCCCGUUGGCUACGCACAGUAUCUGUAUUAUGUUUGAAUAUAAGUAAGAAUAAAAUAGGCUUAAGAUGGAAGAUUUAAAAAACAGGGCCUGCAACUUUUUGAGCGAGAACUAUUUCUAUCACAGAUAUUUACAGAAGUUAACCCCUUCAGUGCAUCAGACCCCCAUGCCCCAUCACUCCGUCCUCCUUACUGCUGACAAAGUGACACACGUAAGAAAAUUCUGUCAUUUAGGCUUUGCCAUAUCGUUCAGACGCCGUAAUACGAGCUGGGGCACCGUUAUGCAAACAAACAGAUUUAGCUCUGUGCAGCUGUGAGUCUGCACACAUUUGUAUGUGUGUCUGUGUGUGCGUGUGUGAGUGAUAGAAGUCUUUGUGUGAUAAACUUCCUCACUAAGUGUCACAUUAACGACCAAUCCAUUGUCUAGCCAAUAAAGAGAAAUUUAAAGUGUACAAGAGUUCCACUUCAGCAUUAUUUCAAGCGUCUGUGUGACCACUACGUGUAUAUUUUUCGGUUCCUAAACUCAGUUUCACAUCAUUUAGCUGUGUUGACGGGUGUCUGCGGUGAAACCGUUUGUCGUUUAAUAUGUUUUCCUGGAUCAGAUUCAUGACGCUGGUGCAAAUCAUCAAGACGAAUUUAUUCCCUUUACACAUGAUCAACACAGAUUAUAAUAUACAUAUGCUUGUCCAAAUAUCAUUAUUCAUAUUGUACAGAGAGAGAAUUUACUGUAAUUUCAUAUCAUAUUUGUUGAACAUGGGGAUUCUUGAGUCAAGUAUAGCCGUUGAAUGUCUUAGUUCACUUAAAUUGACUGCUGUUAGAUUUUUAUCUCAUUUUUUGUUUUGAUUGUUGAUACAAUUUAAAACUUUUUAAUGCUGAGUCUUGUUUGAUCUGUUCUGCUGCACUGUCAAGCCCCUGAUCAGCGUCCACGUGAUGAUGUAAUAACAGUUAGAUAAUGCAGCAGGUUGUCAAAAUGUAACCAAAUCUCACAUGAAAAAGUAAUACAACAUUUUAAAGCAAUAUCCCCGAAAAAAAAACAUGUCAUUAUGACUCUUAACUGUUUUUUUUUUACUGUCAUGAGAAAAAAUGUUGCCAAGGUAUAUGAAAACUUUACAUUUCUUUACAAGUCUAAAGUUUCUUUAGGUUCAGUUUCCAGGUUCUAUUUGGACAUCUCGUCAGAAAUAUAAUUUUUUGCCACAAAUACAGCUGGAUAAUGUCCUGACGUCUCCUUAAAAAUAUCUAGUGGCUUCACACUGACAGAUGUUUAAAAAAUAUCUGCCGGUUUCAGGCUUAAAAAUGUCAGAAAUAUUCUCUGUUUUUUAAGCUUCAAAUGUCAAAAUUAUUCAGUGGUUCCAAGCUUGCAAACAUUGAAACCAUCCAGUGGUUUCAUGCUAACAAAUAGAACUAUUCAGUGGUUUCAAGCUCUCAAAUGCUAAAACUUUCCAGUUAUUUCAUGCUUACAAAUGUUGAAGCUAUUCACUGGUUUCACGCUUUCAAGCAUUAAAACUCUUCAGGUGUUUCACACUUACAAAUGUUGAAAUGCUGCUUCAAACAGUGGUUUCUUGACACCCAACACCGCUGCCACCUGACACGAAUAUCAGCUCAUAUACAUGUAAUGCGAGCAUGAAAUGGCACAACUGUUGUUAUGGUACAUACAAAUCUGACAUAUUCGCGGUUUGCAGAAACAUACAGUGCAAACAUUUUAUUGUGGCGACUAGGCUGCGAUGUAAAAACACUGACCACUGAUUUAGACUUGUAAAAAGAAAGUCAUAAUUUGGUUAUCACAUCAUAAUAAUCUAAAUGCUCAUAUUUAAGAAUUUACAAUCUUUUAUUAUUUUCUACGUCCUUCCUUUAUCUGGCUUUUCUUACAUUAUCGUUUACUGCAGCCUUCACGAGAUGUAUAAAUAUAUUGAAAUUAACAAUCCAUUGUCACCCUCACUGAGAGAAAACAUCCUGAUACAGAUCAUAUGUCACAUUUCCUUGAACUGUAACUCAAAAUGUAACAAGCCUUUUGAAUGAAAUGUGUUAUUGUUGCCUUAUUUUUUAACGGUCCAUUUCCUGUUAUGAAGUCUGCUGCCAAACAACUUGUUUUUUAAUGUAACGCAGUCGAUCAUACCAUGCACAGUGCACGGCCUCAGUGUCACGUCUUGUUAACUCACAUGUGGAAUCAUUGAGCGAAGUCUCCGGGAGACAUGACGUUGUAAAGAUGAAUGUACAUACUGUCCUCAUGUUAGUAUCAACCCUCCACUGUUUAUACAGCAACAACGAACGCAACGCGCCUGUUCCUGGAUUGUUUAACUUCAGAGAUAUAUAACAGAUAAAACUGUUUUGUGCUUUUUCAGUUCACAUUCUUCCGUAAUAAUGUACGUUACAGAAUGUUUAUGUGGCAUUUGUACUUGUUUUUGUUGACUUUAAUAAACUGUAAAAAAAAAAAAAAAAAAAUUAAAAAGAAUU